AUGCAGAACACUCGAAAUUCAGAGCCUACUGAUCCGGCUAAUCAACCUCGUGAUGUUAUUGAGCGAUUAUCAAUAGAUCAACGAGCACAUUCAGAACGUUCAUCUGAACAAAGAUCAUCAAUAUUAAAACAAUCAACUCGAAAUUCGAAGCAUAAAACUGCUUAUAUUUCGGAUCUUAUCAAUGUUCAAAGUUUGCUCAAUAUUCGAGAAAUGCAAUCUCGACAACGUAAACUUCAUGAUACUUUAUCAUAUGAAGAUCGUAUUAUAAUAAAUGUAUCUGGUGAUCGAUAUGAAACUCAUCGUACAACACUUGAGCUUUAUCCAAAUACAUUACUUGGAAAUCGUAAACGACGUAAAUUUUAUUAUGAUAAAACUCAUAAUGAAUAUUUUUUUGAUCGUAAUCGAUCAUGUUUUGAAGCAAUACUUUAUUAUUAUCAAUCACAUGGUCGAUUAAGACGACCAAAUUAUGUUCCAAUUGAUAUAUUUCUUGAAGAAAUUAGUUUUUUUCAAUUAGGUCAAGAAGCUCUUAAUCAAAUACGAAAAGAUGAAAAUAUUAAAGAAGUUAAAAAAGUACGUUUACCAAAAAAUCGUUUUCGAAGACAUUUAUGGGCAACUAUGGAAUAUCCUGAAUUCUCGAUUAUGGCUAAAAUAAUCAGUAUUUUAUCAUUACUUAUGAUUCUUCUUUCAACUAUUGCUCUUGCUAUUGAAUCAUUACCACAAUAUGUAAAUACUGACCAAUUAGUUUGUUACUAUUCAUCAGUUAAUGGUUCAAACGAUACAAAUGAAACAGAAGAAGUUAUAAACAAUAAUCAAACUAUCUGCAAUGAUUAUCUAAGAUCACCGUUUUUUAUUAUUCAAACUGUGUGUAUUGCAUUUUUUACAGUUGAACUUAUUCUUCGUAUAAUAAGUACACCGUCAUUUGUUGAUUUUGUAAAAUCUAUAAUGAAUUGGAUUGAUGUCGCAGCUGUUGUGCCAUAUUAUGUUACACUUGGUAUCUAUCUAGCUGAUCGAAAUCAUCAAAUCAAUACAACAACAGCUGAUGGUCUUCGUCUGUUGCGUAUUCUUCGUUUCACACGUGUUCUUAAGUUUUAUCGUGUAUUUAGAAGUGUAAAAUCGUUACGUGCUCUUGGAGCAACUAUUCGAGAAUCAGUACCAGAUUUUUUUAUUAUGAUUAAUAUUUUAACAUUAUUAAGUGUUCUUUUUGGUGCUGUUGCUUAUUUUGCUGAAAAUGAUGCAAACAGUCAAGCAUAUGAUUCUAUAGUUAAAGCAACCUAUUGGGGAAUUAUUACGAUUACAGGUGUUGGAUAUGGUGAUAUAACACCUAUCACACCAGUUGGACGAAUAGUAGCAUGUUUAUGUGGAUUAUGUGGUGCUACAACAAUUGGUAUGCUUGUAUCAAUUCUUGUUGAUCGAUAUCAACGUGUUUUUGCUCGAAAACUAUACAUACAUGAAGAUAUAAUUGAUCUUCAUGAUUUUUCUGAUGAUGAAAAUAAUGAUGGAGAUUCUAGAGUUGGUUCGUUUCAACUUCAUCAGCGUUAUAGUAUGAAAGACAUUGAAGAUCCUGAUGCUAGAGCGAAAUUUAAUUCACUAUCUACAAUGGAUGAUAAACAUGCAAUGCCUACAAUCAAAGUUUUAUCGACACCUGAUGUAGAUGCCAUCAAUGAAAAUCCAAUAAAUC